AUGUCUCUGAAGCAGGAAAUCGAAACCUGGGUGGCAGCCCUCGCCAGCUACGACAACAAUGAGUUCGACGUCGCAUUGAAGGUCUUUGACACAAUCUCCGAUACGUCCAAGAUUCUGUUCAACUGCGGCGUAAUCCAUGCCACACUUGGCGAGCAUGAGAAGGCGGUCGACUGCUACCAGCGCGCUGUGCGUCUGGACCAGUACCUCGCAGUGGCAUACUUCCAGCAGGGUGUGUCAAACUUCCUUAUGGGCGACUUCGAGGAAGCCCUCGCCAACUUCAACGACACACUCCUCUACCUACGCGGAAACAACAACAUCGAUUACGAACAAUUGGGUCUCAAGUUCAAGCUAUACUCUUGCGAGGUACUGUUCAAUCGCGGUCUUUGCUACAUCUACCUCCAGCAAAGAGACGCCGGUCUACAGGAUCUGUCUUUCGCAGCCAAGGAGAAAGUGGUGCCCGACCAUGAUGUGAUCGACGAGGCUAUUCGGGAGGAAGCAGAAGGCUACACUGUCUUCUCCAUUCCCGUCGGCAUUGUCUACCGUCCCAACGAAGCUAAGGUCAAGAACCUGAAGACAAAGGACUAUCUUGGAAAAGCCCGCCUGGUCGCUGCUUCAGACCGGGCCAAUGCCUUUACUGGCUUCGCUGGCGCCGAAAUCAAGAAGGGAGGCCAAGCCGCAAAAGAUGACAGAACUGAGGAUAAGAUCUCGUACGCGGCGACCAACCUUGUCAAGCCAGAACUUCAGAGCAGAGCACGCCAGCAGUCAGAACCACCAAUGAACCGUAACAUGUUCCCACCCACACCGCCACCGGAGGCAGACAGAAGGUCUGGUGACAGGAGAUCUGGUGGAGAGCGGAGACCUGCCGCCGAUGCUCCCAUGAGCCGCGCGCAAUCCGUACGAGGCGGUGGCCCUAAGCCUCAGCCUCUGAACCUUGGACGAGCUGCCUUUGAUCAGCAAAGCAACAACGAGCCGCCUCGUCGCCAGCCAACACAGCGCUCCGCCUCUGAACGUCCACCACCAAGUCGUUCAGAGUCAAUGCGAGACCGAGGGCAACGGGAUCAGCGGGAUCAGCGAGACCAGCGAGACCGUGACUAUAGGCCACGUCGCCGUGGGUCUGACGAUGAUAUCAUUGACGACUACUACGACAAUGACCCCUACCCGCCUUCCCGUGGAAGCCGCGGGGCAUACGCUCGCUCAAAACAGAGCAGGCGACCGGCUUACAUUGAAGAAGAAGACGAAGACGACUACGAUGGUAGUGAUCUUGAUGACGCCGAAUUCGAGAUGAUGUCUCGCACAAAAUCCAGGAGACGAUCCCCCGCCCGCUCCGCCAGAUCUGGUGGUAGCACCCGCGGUGCAGGCAGCAAAGUCAGAGUGAAGGUUCACUCUAGCGACACACGUUACGUCUUUAUCAGUUCUGAUCAAUUAAUCACUGAAUUCUGGCAACAGAUUCGGGAGAAGUUCGGUGUGCGAAAUAAGUUCAAGGUGGAGUUCAAAGACGAUGGCGACAUGAUCACCAUGGCCGACCAGGACGAUCUUGACAUGGCCAUCCAGACGGCGAAGAGUGUUGCAAGGAAGGAAGGCAGCGAUAUGGCCAAGAUGGAGGUUUGGGUUAGAGAAGUAUAG